AUGGCACAACGGGGCGCCAGAUCUGAUUCCCAGGACCCUGGCACUGUCAGGAGAUUGCGCAGUAUGGGCUCGGGUACAGACGUGCUCUCGAUGUCGGCAAAGUCCUCAAGAGCCACACUUCCUCAUGCGAACCCGCGUCCGGCCUACGUUUCGGAGUCCGAAGCAGAGAAAUUGAUCUAUGCAGAAAUCGAGCGGCCUGCGGUCAUUUUGGAAGGCGCACUUCAGCUCGUGAAUGGUUUCCUGGAUCAGAUUCUCUACGACAUCCUUUCGAAAGCGCAUUCCGUUGCGCUGAGCGCUGUUCGCUCUGCUGUGCCUAUCGUCUUAAAACAAAGGCUAGGCCAUUCGGCUGUGAGGGCUGCCGACGAGGAGUUGCAAGACUAUCUGGACGAAGAGGAGAUGGAGGAAGUACAAACCAGUGUCGGUACGCUGGAUCCAAGAUCGGAGUUCGAUGUUGAUCUGGCUUGGAAGCUCACCAGAUUACGUUGUAUGGUCUAUGCGAAGCUUGGAGAUAUGGAAGAGGAAGAUGAGGAGGACUAUCUGGACGACAACGAGUUGAGGCAACACAUUGGCGCGGUGAAGGACUCGGUGAGAGCCGCCGCAGCAAUCACUCCUUCUGCCGCCAUUUUCCUCACCACAGUCCUCGAGUUUCUGGGCGAGCAAGCCCUCUGCAUAGCAGCACAACAUGCGAGAAGGCGACACUCGCUCAAUAAGCCUCCCAAUACGGCAAACGGUACAUACCCGACCAGUGCGUCGGAUGAAGAUGUCAUCCUAGUGGAGGAAUUAGACAUGUCUGGUGUCGGUAAAGAGGGACCCCUGAUACGGCUUUGGCGCUCCUGGAAGGGCAACACGCGCGGUGGAAACAGCAUUUCUUCUCGCCCGACGACCCCUAUUAUCUUGUCUCCCUCAUCCCCAGAGUCGCCUGCCCAAGAGUGGAAGUUUCCCUCCGUUCCCGCGAUCUCGACCAUCCAAGAAGAACGCAGCCCAUCGAUCCGUCCAUCACGCAGUCCAGCACCGGCCGAUAUUCCUCUCCCAAUGACCAACAAUGACGUAGAAGAGAUUGAGGUGCCCGGUCUCGCGCCCUCUCCGGAACAUGAGAACGACGAAGGCCCUACUGAUCGGCCCACCCUCGAGAAGAGGAGACCCUCAAGCAUGGUAGAGAUGCCAGGCAGUUUCCCCAGCACGGUGUCCCCGGCUGCUGGUGAUGAACAAAGUGCGCAAAGACCAUUUUGGACACGGAAAAGGUCACAUUCUCUACCCCCCACUGGAUCCGUUUCUGGGACGGCAUCUAGACAACAAGCGGAAGGAGCAACGUCUGAUAGCAGCAAGCCUUCCGUCUUGAGCAUGUUAAAGAACUCGGAAGAACCUCUCGUCAGUGGCCCCACUGACGAGAAGUCACGCCCGACAUCCAGCAAAAUCAGCACUACUGUGGCUACCCUCGCCGGAGCUUUGAGCGCUGAAGCCUCUAAAGUGUUUCGAAGAGAUGAAUCCACAUACCUCCAUAGUGACGACGACUCCCGUGCCGCUGCUUCAUCUGCUAGAGGCAGCGUUAGUACUGUGGAGGAUGCAACGGGUCCAGCUGUAGCCCGUCGUUCACAUGCAAGAUCUCUCGGUGACGGCCACGAAUCUGAUCGUGAGCCACAGGCCCAUGCUCCAAGCUCCACUGAAGAGAUUGAAGCCAGUGAAGAGAGUGGCAGGGGUUUCAGAGACUCUGAUGCUGGAACACCCGUUCGAGGGAAUGAUCUCUCCACACACGCUCAGACGACCGUUGUCGCUGGGGAAGGUUCAUCGACGGCUGGACGUCCUCAGAUGGAUGUUCAAGACCGAGGCGCUUUCAAUAGAGAUAGCGUGACCAGCAACAGAGACAGCGGGAGUCUAGGAACGGCUGCCAUCUUCUAUCAAGGGACCCUAGGUGGCGACCAUCGCCAACGUUUUGACACAUCGUCCGCCGAAUCACUAGAACGACGCACUGCCACCACUCUCCCCAAGGUUAACGAAGAAGCUGCAACCACCACUCCUGCACGCCCUAAUGUAAUUCAGGAGCGGACGUCAUCUCUCGAGGACAGAGCUGCUGUGGCACAAUCAAUCCCAACUACCAGAUUUCCUCAACCUCCUUCCGGUCAUCCCUCAGCCUCACAGAGAAGGAUAGGCGACACCGCUCAACAUCGCAUACCACAUUAUGCCACCUCAUCCUUCGCUACUGGGCCAGAAGGCUUAGGUAUUGCUCACUCUCCCCAUAUGAGAAAUGCCAGUGCCCCAAUAGAUGGAAGGCAGCCAACGGCUGGAAGACAGCAUAUUCGGCUUCGCUCAGACGCCGAUGAUCAGUUCGUGCGGACCGCACCUACAGACGAAAUGGACAGAGCGAAAAAGAGUCUCGACGUUCUCAUAGACAGCGAUGAGACACUUCGCAUAACACUUACUCCGAAAUCCGCGAGACCGACUAAUGAGAAGUUCAAAGUGAAAAGUCAGACACAAGAGCUGGCGGACUUCUUCAAAAAUACAGCUCCACCAGGAGAGGAAGUGAGUCGGCCGAAAUCGUCGCGCUCCGCCAAAGGCAGCAUCAAUGGAUUCCGUUCGCACUCUCAGCAGACCUCGCAAGUACCAUUGCCUCCCACCAUCACAUCUGACACCACCCAGCCGAAAGAUCCGGGACAUGAAAGUUCCGCUUCUCCUUCAAGACCGAAGAAGCCUGUGGGGGAACCCCGUGACCCUAGAAUGGCCAAAAGCUCGACCAGAGAUCUGGCUGAUUAUGCACGCUCAACUGGUCCGGAGAACGAAAUGCAGCUGCCCAAACCACUCGCACCACGGCCGGGGACUGCCCAGGGCGUGAUAAGUGGUGACCAACACAAGUUUGAUGCCGAGGACGGUGGAAAACGGCCGGCGACAACUUCCGGGAAACCUGUCAACCGUCUCAAGUUCCAAGCUCGAGAUGCUAGAGGCCCUCGAACUGCUGAGAGCUCAGACCUGAUCGAUUUCAUCCGCGAAGGUCCUCCACGACCACCAGGAGAUCAUCGUAUUGACCGGAAUGUGGCGCCAUUUCGGACGACCAUGGACUCUGAUGAUUUGAAUGCACUUGCUCCUCCACCGGAACAAGAUUCUAAAGGUCGAAACUCUGUGGGCAGCGCACAAGAAAGUUCAGUAACGAUCAGAUCCAUGCCAUCGUCGAUGAAUUCAAGAACAGGACUCCUUGAUUCUACCAAUCGCGCGUCUAACAAGUUCGCUUCCGGCGCUGGAGGAUCUGCACACACCGUUUCUCGCCAGCCUGUCAUUCCAGAAGCGGAUGGUAUGCCUCAGAGAACCCGUCGAAGGGUUCGUGAUCCGUAUGCUAUCGAUUACAGUGACGAAGAGGACGAUAUGGAAGAGAUGUCCCCCCCGCAACAACGACGGGGAGAGGAGGAGUCUCUGGUCGAUUUUCUCCGCAACACCGCUCCUCCUCCGGGCAUGACAACCCAGCCGAUAUUGGCCGCAGAGCCAGAUUCAGCCGCGCCGGAAGGGACGGACGCAGUGAAGAGAUCGAUGAGCAACUCCAGGCUGAGGGAUUAUUUGCAGAGCUCGACUUCCAGCAGGAAUGGUGUUAAUGUCAAAUCCAGCAGCGCUGCUCGUGCCGAGUCUCCCCACCUCACUCAAGUCGGUUCGAAAAUGGACAAAUAUCGACCCACUCAACCUACGCACGCGGCACAUGUUGAUAGGAAUCGACAAAAGAUGCGUGCCGAACCAAGAGACGCCACUAACACAAAUGGAGGAGAUACGUCUGACCUCGCUGCGUAUCUAAUGAAUUCAGGGCCGCCCCCGGGAAGCGAAACACCACCGCAGAAGUUCCAUUUGACCAAAGACCAGCCUGGAUUUAUGAGAUUCUUCCAAAGAAGGCACAGCGUCAGGAAGUAA